AGCAUAUGCAGUCAGCAUUUUACUGGACGCCAUCCCAUCCGCGUGAAGGCAAGCCCCUAAAGCCACGGCCCAGAAAGUCAAGCGUCGCGAGGUCUGCGGCUGAAACUUGGUGUCUUUAUCAUCGCGGGCUGGGCACCUGCAAACUAAGUUAGAAGCGGAGUAAUACUGCGAAACGAAGAAGCGUCAGUUUCGUUAGACCAUCAUGGCGACGCAAAUGGCUCCUUCAAGUGAUAAAAAUGCGCAGAGUCUCUGGGAUCAAGCCUUCAGCUCCCUCAGCGCAGAUUUAAAAACAGCACUUGGCCAGGCUGCCACCCAUAAGCGCGACAUUCUAGCCGCCGCUCUGGAAGCAGCGGAGAACCGCAAAGCUACCAGUCUCCGCAAGCGUUGGAAGUUCAAACGCUCAAAUGGAGAAGUCGUGAUUAUCCGAGAUGUCCUGGAAAAGAUCGCCAAAUGGAUUGAUUCCUUCAAAGCAGUCGGCGAUGCGGCUGUGCAGUUUGAUGCCAGCAACGCUUCGCUGCCCUGGGCGGCUGUCAGACUGCUUCUUCAAGUGACGAGGUGGUGUCUCGGAUCAUUGCACGAUCUCCAAAGCGAGUCAGAACUGGGGAGAUCCUCAGCAGACGGAAUCCUCCGUAGUAUCCUGCGUCAGCUGACGAUUACAGAAAGUCAAAGCGAUGUUCGCGACUUUCUAUACUCCGACUUCCAGAAUCGUUCGAAGUCUGCUACUCUUCAGGGCCUGGACCUUCCUAGACUGAGUAGGAAAGACUGUGUAGACCGUAUCGUUCAAGUGGCCCGUGAAGACCCCAUCACAAUAUUACUCGACGGUGUCGAGCAGGUUGAAGACGAGAGUUGCGGUCUUCUCUUGCAGUCAUUAUCUGAUAUCAUGUCAAGGGCUGAGAAUGUUGCCAAAGUGUUUAUCACGAGCAGAAAUAGCUCGGAUAUCCUCUCAUCGCUACCGACUGCGAAAGAGAUAGUUGUGGCAGCAGACCAAGUCCACAAUGACAUGGCCCGGUUCAUUACUCGGAAGAUUGACGACGCCAAACUCAUCAGUGGGAGGCUCUCGCCAAACACAAGAAGCUGCCUGAUAAAGGAGUUGCUACAUGGUGGGGGCGAAAUGUUUCUAUGGGUCCAUCGACAGAUACAGCAGCUUCGCAAGGUCAAGAACGAACAUGAUCUUCUUCCGGCCCUACGGUCCAACAUUCUCUCAGAUCUAGACAAGCUUUACGAGAACGACUUGGGACAGAUCCUACAAUCAGGAGACACACCGCGACAACUAGCCAUCCAAGCUUUCUCCUGGCUGCUGUACAUGAAAGCACCGUUGACUCCCGAGGCGUUAUUAGCUGUCAUCGCUACCGCAAGCAUAGGGAAUGUCCAUUGCACGACGUAUGACAUAUCUGUUGUGUGCUCGAACUUGGUGAUUAUAGACCUCAAUCGCCAAAUCGUCCGACUUGCUCAUCACUCAGUCAGAGAAUACUUCAUACGUACCCAACAAUCUCUGUUCUCCGCUCCAGUAGCUCAUAGUCUUCUGGCAUCGAUCUGCAUAAAGGCCAGCUCGCGUGGACCGCCUGACAACGGAAGCCUGGAACAGCAAGUCAAAGGCUUCUUCUUCUAUGCUGCUACGCACUGGGCAAGCCACUUUGAGAGUUCAAAGGUUGCCAAGAAGGAAGAGAGGCUAUUUCAAGACACGCUGUCUUUUGUCUUUGAGGAUGAAGACUAUGAUGUCAGCCUUUCCUUCGAAGCUUGGCUGGAAAUUGCGAAGGAAAUUGCAACACUCCUGCCGCGGGAUCACCCUAUGAAGCCGGCUCUUGAUGCCAUACAAAACGAAACAUCAUCUCCUCUCUUCUUAGCAGCUGUCUUUGGUAUAGACGGCCUGAUGACUCUUCUUUCAGAAUCGGAGAGUGAUAUAGACUGGGACCAACGAAAUGACCUUGGGCACACCGCACUCUACCUCGCCGUCGCUACAGGUCAUCUCUCAACUGUGACGACUUUGAUUGAGAAGGGUGCAGAGUUGAACAUCGAAUGCGGUGCAUACGGAAGUCCGUUGCAUGUUGCGUGUUUCAGAGGAUAUGAAGAGAUUGUUGAGAAGCUUCUUCAAAACGACGCAUCUCCGAAAUGUGGUUCGAAGUUUCAGAGUGCUGUUCAAGCUGCAUCUCAGGGAGGGCAUGAAGAUAUCGUGCUCGGUCUCAUUAGGCACGAUGCUACUAUUGACUCCGAAGAUGACUACGAGCAAGUCAUACAGAUGGCAACGGAGUAUGGCUUCAUCAGGGUCAUCUAUCAGCUUCUCAGGCCAGAAUUCAAGCGCUUUAUAGACAAGGAAACCCCGGACAAAAACAAGAUGCGGUUGGCCAAGGCGAUAAAAGGUGGCCAGUUGUUUGUACUACAACGCCAGCUAUCCAAAACAUCAUCUGAUGCGAAAGACAUUUUCCCAAAAGAUGCGGUUGCAAUUGCGGCUCUCGAUGGCCAUACAGAUAUCGUCAGGUAUCUCCUGGAACAAGGUCUUGAUAUCGAAGCCGAAGGUCAGUUCGGCACGCCACUCCGCUCGGCUUGCUUGAUGAACCACAAAUCCACGGUCAAAGAGCUACUCCAGCGUGGUGCCAAUGUCAACACAGAGGAGCGGAAAGGCAAUGCUCUUUAUGUCGCCGCUGUGAAAGGUCACGCAGAUAUUUUCAGUAUCCUGCUGGAAGAAGGUGCAGAUCUUCACCAGAAAACGGGGGCUUCUGGCACAGCGUUGCAAGCUGCAGCGUACUAUGGUCACAAGCUUGUUGUUGAGAGGCUUCUUGACGCGGGGGCGAAUGUCCAUGCCGAAGGUUCAUCUCCAGAUGCGUUCCAUGCCGCUGCUGAAGGUGGGCAUCAGGGGAUCAUUAUGCUGUUCCUGGAACGAGGCUACAAGUUCCUUUACGAGCCGCCCGGUCCCAAGUACAGCAGAGCUCGACCCUCGCCAUACAGGCCGCUAUAUCGGGAGGCUUCUCCUGGAAGGGAUAAACACCCCCGCUCUAAAUUGUGGCCGCACCUUUACAAGCGGAACGCCAAAACGGCCGAAAAUGUCGCUGAUACAGAUGCCCGUGACAACAUCACUCGAGUCGAGACUGAUGAUGGAAUGGAGAUGUUCGCUAAUGAUCAAGGGGAUUUUCUCCGUAGAGAUGAUGAUACCCAGGACGGUUCUCAGAAGAACCGCCCUCUUGAAGCUAGUGCUGCCGGAGGGAAGGACGCAGUUGUCAAGGUAUUACUGGAGCAAAAGGAAAGUUUGGGAUUCUGGGAUUAUGAGGUUGGUACUGCUCUCAAGGCAGCUGCCUCCAACGGACACUUGAGCACCGUUAAGAUGUUACUCGAUCACGCAUCGAGGAUGAAGGGUCCUUUUAUUGAACGCAUCUACGCAACCUUGGAGAGCAUACCUCAAGGGCGUCACGAUAUCUUGCAGCUUACUUUUGCCAAAGCGUCUGAAGUUGGCUGCACGGCAGAACAAACUGACCAGUUGAGGCUGAAACUUCCACCAGGAGAAGAAAAGUACAAAGUCGCGGUGAUUGAGCCACAUGCUCUGAAAGCAGACUUUCUGGCAUGCUGCACUUCUGGUAAUGUAGCCGUUAUGGAGGCUAUCAUGGGUUGCAAACACCAGCAACUACUGCAAUACAACGAUCUCCUGGAAGGCCUCCACAAAGCUGCAGAGGAGGGUCACGUCUCAGUAAUCAAGAGCUUGCUUAAUCUUAGUUGUGAUUUACAAGGCGUUUCAAUUCCCGAAAACACACUGAUAGGCGCUGCUGGAAAGGAUCUUGAGACAUUGAAGUUUCUCCUUUCUCAAAAGGUCGAUGAAUCUCAUUCCGAACUCCUUCUACGCCGAUUGGUCUAUGCGGCUUGUAGCAAGGGACAGCCUGACAUCAUCGAGUAUCUCGUAUCCGACUUUGGUAUCGAUGUCAACGCCAACGUUCCAGAAGACGAGAAACCCAGGUAUCUGAGACGUUGGAGGCAGUCUGUCGACCCUCGCCUUGCCAGUGCCCCUAUAACUGUCACUGGUGAAGCAGGUGGCUCACGGUCGACCGACGGCCCCCGUCUUGUCAGUCCUUUGCAAGUCGGCCUGAGCGCUUUUGAUAGCUAUAAACUGCCCUACUAUGCGAGAUAUUAUAGAGAGAAAACAAUGCCUCAGCAGCAGAAAGUCAUCCAAACACUGCUGAAGCUAGGGGCCGAUCCGAACAGUCUAGGCGGAAAGGAUGUUUAUCCUCUUCAAUAUGCAGCGAGAGUCCGUCCAGAUGUCGUGGUAAAAGAGCUGCUUGAAGCUGGAGCAGAUGCCAAGCUUACCGGAAAAGGAGACUCGGCUCUUAUGGGAGCAGUGCAGAGAGAAAUGGAAGCUAUGGCGGCUACAACAAGACUAUUGGACAGUGGUCACCAACUUCCAGACUAUUGUGAUGGAGGCAAGGUUCUUCUAGCUAAAAUUCUCGCGUUCUUUGAAGGUGAUAGAGAGCGACAGACCUUCCAUAGCAUUAUCGUUGACCCAGACGGCCGCUUUUUACAGGCCCCGUCUUUGGAGUACGUCUUCGAACAAGGACCAGGAGCGGUACUCGAGUUCCUUGUACAGAAGUAUGAUACAAGCAAGCUGGAAGACACAAGAUAUGAGCUAGUUUUUCAGAUGGCCUGUGUUCUCGGCAAAGCUCCUCUUGUCGAGUUGCUCUUAUCUCGAGGAGUCGACAUUGACGCCACGGGAUACUACUACGGGAGUGCUCUACAGGCUGCGGCACGGACUGGCCAGCUACAGAUUUUCCAGAGCCUAUUGAACAAGGGAGCAAACGCAAAUGUGAUACAGGGUCGUUGGCACACAUCCCUGCGCGCGGCCAUUGUCGGUGGUCACCUCAACAUCGUCGAGCUUCUGCUUCAACAUGGCGCAGAUUCUAAGUUGAAGUUCCAAACGGAACGAAAGUCAGAGAACGAGAGGGAAGCUGUAUCAUCAAGCACGCUUCAGAUGGCUCUACAAGAAGGACAUACAGAAAUCGCAAGACUACUCCUCGAGACAGACCCCUCACUGAUUAAUGAAGAGGGCCGCCUCCAACAUCCUCUUAUCAUAAGCUGUCAAAAAGGAGACCACGCCAUGACAGAGCUGCUACUAGAAUCCAAUGCUCUAGUCAAUGUCCGGGGCCACAAGGAAGCGAAUGUGACAAGUAUAGAGGCUCGAGAUGCGAGUCCUUUGCAUGCUGCUAUUUCUGGAGGCUAUGUCAACCUCGUCGAAAUGCUUUUGUCGAAAGGCGCUGACGUCAACAUUGAAGUCGAUGACUGUGACUGCCGAACACCUCUGCUAGCAGCGAUUAAAAAAGCAGAUUUGCGCAUAGUAAGACUGCUUCUUGAAUCUUGUGCAGAUGUUUCUAAAUCUACUGGUGCUCUUUCGAGUGCUGUGGGAGGGAAUACAGGUCUUCAAAUGAUCAAUGAACUGAUUGCGGCUGGCGCAAAAGUCGACAGUUCCAGCCUUCAAGAAGCAUGCAGAAGCGGAGAUCUUUCCAUUGUUGAGGCGCUUCUUGAACAGCUGUUCAUUGACGGGGUGGAUCCAUCUGAGAUCAUCGACGAAACCUUGGACUCACUCACAAUGGGAAAGUCUACUGACUACAGAACACUCAAUCUUCUACUUGACUAUGUGCCCCCGACUCCCAAAAGAUUUCUCUUCACGUGUUCCUCAGGUUCUGUUCCUCUGGUGAGAAGAAUAAUUCAACAAGGCAUGAGUGUCGAUGGCAGCAAUGAAGAGGAGGAUAGCCCGUUGCAAGUGGCUUGCUACUACUUGAACUUUGAAGUUAUACGGCUAUUGUUACAACGAGGCGCAAACGUCCGAGCGAGAUCGUCUCAGCCGGGAGACCCAAUUACGCUAACGCUAUGGGCUUGCGCAUCACCAUUGCAACAGCAAUUGGAGCAACGUGGAACGAGACACCAAAAGUACCUGAAUUCAGAGGUGGUGGACUACCGAACUACACAGAGAUGCACCAACAUUGUUCGAAUUCUACUUGAGUACGGUGCCACUGCUGAUAAUGGAACAGAUGAACCGGAGAGCCCGCUCCAGCUGGCUUCUUUCAUUGGCAGCUUCGAAAUCGCUAAGCUUUUGAUCGAACAUGGAGCCAGCCUGGAUAAAACCACGGGAAGCUUCAAGACUCCCCUCUUUUCAGCUUUACAGGGAAACAACAGGGGCAUCAUAUCACUGAUCCUGGAAAAGAGGGUCGACGUCAACUAUGUACAUGCAACUCAUGGUACAGCAUUACACUUGGUAUGUCAGUACAGCGAUGAGUCACUUGUUCUCCAGUUGCUUCAACACGGUGCCUCACCCGCUUUGAAAGACGCAAACUGA